UUGACCCCAAGGCCGAGUCGUCACCACAUACCUGCCCACCACCGCCCACCAUGUCGGCGUUCAAGAACCUCCUCGGGGGCAAGAAGGAGGAGGAGAAGACCUUUGUUGACGACAUGCGCGAGUCAUGCAAGCUGUCGUACCGUGAGAGGCUGUAUGGGUUUGGGAUCAUGUUCUCUGUGGGAUGUGUCCUCGGUAUCAUGUCGACGUUCUUUGUGUGGGACAUCCCCAAGGGCAAGCCGGCGGCGUUUGCCAUCACCUACUCGCUCGGCUCGCUCUGUGCCAUUGGCUCAUCGGCCUUUCUGGCUGGGCCAUGGAAACAGAUCAAGUCGAUGAUGAAGGAGACUCGGAUUAUUGCAAGCUCAGUGUAUGUGGUGGCUAUUGGCUUUACCCUCUACUUUGCUCUCGGGCCCAACGAGCCUGUCCUCGUCCUCAUGUGCAUCAUCAUCCAGUUCCUGGCUGGCAUCUGGUACUGCCUCUCCUACAUUCCCUACGCCCGCCGCUGCGUCAAGUCGACGCUCGGCGGUAUGGUCGGCGUGUAG